UUCUUGUUUACCUGCCCCUACAUUGUAACCCGCUGAGCGCAUAUCAUUAAAUCUGUCACAACGAUUCUCACUGUGUAGAUUUACAACACAUUUUCAUAGUUACAGACAUGGCCGAGAAACUGUAUCUGGAGGACUACAUAACAAUUGGUGUCUACUUUUUCGUAGUUUUUGCAGUAGGAUUAUGGUCGACAUUUCGACCAAACAAAGGCAAUGCGAAGGGUUAUUUUCUUGCAGGGAAAAACAUGCACUGGAUACCGAUCGGUGCUUCUAUAUAUGCAAGUAAUAUUGGAGCUCCGAUGUUCAUUGGACUGGCAGGUACUGCAGCAGGGUCUGGAAUAGCAGUUACCAUAUACGAGUGGCACGCAGUGUUUUUCCUUAUUUUAUUGGGCUGGGUGUUUCUUCCUGUGUAUAUUGCAUGUGGGGCAUACACAAUACCAGAAUGGGUAAAGAAGCGUUUUGGAGGACGUCGAUUGCGCAUGUAUGUUUCGUUCCUUGCCCUGAUUGGCUACAUUCUUUUUAACAUAUCAGCUGAAAUUUAUACAGGAGCCAUAUUUCUUCAACAGAUGUUAGAAUGGAAUAUCUAUCUAUGCGUUAGCAUUAUUUUGGGAAUUACUGCAGUAUAUACCACUGUAGGUGGAUUGGCGUCCGUUAUCUACACAGAUACGUUACAAGCUGUUGUACUCAUUAUCGGUGCUACCAUUCUCUUCUUCAUCUCCAUCAUAAAGGUUGGGGGAUACGAAGCCAUGGAAAUUAAGUUCAUGGCUGCUAUGUCCAAUGAGACCCUUUACAAUCGAACCUUUUUCAAGUGUGGUGUUCCCCCAGCGGACUCGCUCCACAUCUUCCGUGACGCCGUGACGGGAGACAUACCCUGGACUGGAGCUUUAUUGGGGCUAUCCACGCUUGGACUGUACACUUGGGACCAGGAUCAGAUAAUAGUUCAAAGGACGUUGUCUGCACGAAACAUGGUGCAUGCAAAGGCAGGGGCGCUUUUGGGAGCCGCGCUAAAAUUGACAGGAUUUUUGCUGUUUGUAAUCCCCGGGAUGAACAGUCGUAUUCUAUACAAAGAGGAAGUUGCGUGUUCGGAUCCAGACAAAUGCAUGGAAUAUUGCGGCAACAAAAGUGGCUGCACCAAUAUUGCUUACCCGCUAAUGGUUCUCCGGUUGCUUCCAAAAGGUCUUCGUGGACUUAUGCUUGCUGCCCUACUGGCUGCAUUAAUGAGUUCACUAACAUCGAUCCUCAACAGUGCGAGCUCUAUCAUGACUCUGGACAUAUGGAAUCAGUUCCGGAAGAAAGCAUCUCAGGCCGAACUGAUGAUUGUAGGGCGAGUUACCGUUCUUGUCCUGAUCGGUUUCAGUAUACUUUGGUUACCGAUUCUACAGCAAACCCAGGGAGGUAGAUUUUGGUUUUACAUGCAAUCAGUGAAAUCUUACCUCAUUCCUCCUCUGUGUAUGAUGUUCCUCCUGGGGUUAUUUUGGAAGCGAACAACGGAGCAGGGUGUGUUUUGGGGACUAAUGCUCAGCAUCGUGGUGGGUGUCACACGCAUGGUUCUGGAUUUCGUUUUUCUAGCACCUGCUUGUGGAAGCAACGAAGUAGACUCUAGGCCCGAAAUUAUCUCCAAAGUAGAUUUUCUUCACUUCGCAACACUUCUAGCUCUGUUUGCUACGAUUGCCAUGGUUGUCAUCAGUUUGUUCACACAGCCUCGCCCAAAAAAUAAGCUCCACCGUUUGACCUGGUGGACAAAAGAUGACGAAGAAGAACCAGAACUGACAGACGAUGAGGACGAUGCUGUACAUAUUUCUGUGCAUGUCAAGGGAGAAGAUCCAAAAUCCAUGCAAAUACAGGAAAAUGAGCAAACUGUACCUAAGGAAGGUGGGUUUCAUCGAUUUAAAAUCCUUUGUAAAAACUGGGUUUGUGGAAUAGAUGAAGAUGCUAAGCAAACAAAGACAGCAAAGGAAUUAAAAGAACUACGGAAGAAGAUGACGUCAUUAGAAGAGUCCUCCCGAUGGAGACAGAUUCUUAACGUUACUGCAUUAGUCAUCGGCGUCUUCACUGUCUUCUUAUUGGGGUUCUUUCAUUAGACUUUAAAGUCAGUUUAAUGUGACAUUUGUAAUGAUGCCAUUGAUAUAAGAAUAUAUAAUCUUAUGUAGUUGUCAUGUUUGUAAAUAUUCUUGUAUUAAAAUCACCACUUUUAAUUGAUCAUUAAGUAUACAGCCUUUAGUUUGUCAUACUGUACGUAUUUGUAACAAUAAAAAUGAAAUUUUGCAAAUUAC